UUGUUGUUAUUGUUGUUGUUUUUACUCCAGUUGUGCUUCAGGGGUUAUCAAUUGUUUGGAUUGUAUUCAUCAAAUGAAGAAACAACUGGUCAAACCAUCUGGCCUCUAUCUUAAAUAACACUAGAACAAGCUGGUUAUUUUUUAGGUAACUGUAAAGGUAGAAGUCACAAUAACCUCAUGCACAAUGUACACAUAUCCAAUGAGAUGGAUGAUCUCACUCUACAGUCCCAUAUUCGUGAUACCCUGGUACUGACUAACCCGAGGGAGUAUCCCUCAAGGCACUGGAACCUCAUACUAUCACUAUUGCAUCAUCCUUAUUUAUACACUGUGUCCCUCACUGAAGAGAGUAACUGCACCAAUUUAACUAAUUUCUUCAAACCUAGUUCAAGACAGUAUUCAUCUAUUGUCUAUUCAUUGUUUAACAGUAAGAAAUACUCAUCUGUUGGACUCCAGCUUAUCAAAUACCUGAGCAAAAUGGAAGGAAUUCUUAUUAAAGACAUCGUUGAUCCACUAGGACAAUUAACUGCUUCUAAAGUGACAACUGAUAUUUUCUCCCCCAGUAGUACCUCUCAUAGAAUGUCUCGUGAUUAUUUCCUAUUAAUUGGUGCAGUCUCAUUCCACAACAGCUCAUUAUUGCUCAGCCUUGGGGCAUAUGGACCUAUUCUUGAUAUUUGCAGUAUUACCUAUAGACAUGAUCUUCACAAGUUGAUAAUAUCAUCACUUGAUUUCUCUCACGAUAACUAUUCUAAGCCAAUCCUACAGAAACUGCUUAAUGGAUCUGAUGGAGAGACCAGGUUGUAUGCCACUAAGCACAUGCAAGUGUUUCUUCAUGUUAAUGCUCCAUUCUUCUCCAACUAG